AUGGAGCAAAACCAUACGGUGAAAGCAGUGGCAAGCGCCAUGCGGCAGGAUCGGGGCGUCGAUACCGCCACGGAGUCAUUUCAUCGUAAUAUCCUGGCUGACAACAUCAGCUGCAAUCUGAUUUCUGGUCAGCGUGCAGCCUGGUUGUUCGACAAACACUCUGGAAUAGACAUCCAGCAGAUCAGACUUUCGAAGAAAGUAGCCUCGUCUCUGAUCGAUUCAAAGAAGAUCAAGAUCGCCGACCUGGAGUCCUUGCGAAUGAGGGAAUACGACGCUGAUGUGGAUCGAUCGGAUCCUAUCAUUGGUAGUGCAUUUUCUUUUCUCAGCAGCGUCACCGACUUCACCAUUGCUCUUGGUGGCACAUUGAUCGACUCUUGGAAGGAGUACAAGCGCUUCCGUGCGUCUGGUCAAGAGGCUAGUCGCGCGAGUGGUGCCGCCGCAAUAGCAGUGAGCAAGGGCUUUGCCUCCGGCCAUCACCAAGGCAGGCCUCGAUCUUGUAAGCAGACAAGCCUCAACUGA